AUGUCCGAUAAAGCUGCUGAAGAAUCGAUUGAAGAAUUUGUAGCAAUUACAAAUUCAUCUAGAUAUUUGGCUGAACAAUACUUACAAAGAAAUGAUAACGACGUGGUUGAAGCAGUGGAGGAUUAUUAUGCCAACAAAGAUCCUUCAAGCACUCCUUCUAGUCAAAGAGGAACCCUUAGAGACUUAAACGCUCCAGAAGGAGAUGAUUCCGACGACGACAAACCUGGUAUGAAUUAUUUCACUGGGGGUGAAAAAUCAGGACUUCAAGUGGAAAAUCCAAAUAAAGAUAAAAAGUCAGGUAAUGAUUCGCUUAUUGAUCAAAUCUUCCAAAGAGCCAAAGAACAAAUGACUCAGCCUGAUGAUCGCCCAAGUGCUGCAUCCGGAGAAAAUGAACCAAAACAACCUAAAUUUACAGGUAGGGGGUUCAAAUUGGGUGAUAGUAAUGAACCAAGUCAAGAAAUACCCGAUCUCAGUUCUAGUAGAUUCCCUCGUCCGCCUAAUAAAGUGACAAGACAGAUCACAUUUUGGAAACAAGGAUUUACUGUAGGUGAAGAUGGUCCAUUAUAUAGAUAUGAUGAUCCUAGGAAUACUAAUGUAUUACAGGAAUUGAAUCAAGGAAGAGUGCCAAUUUCAAUAUUAGAUGUUGAAUUUGGCCAAGAUGUCGAUGUCUCUGUGUUUAAAAAGACAGAUGAAGAAUGGACACCACCCAAAAGGAAAGUUGCUGGAUACUUCGGGACUGGUCAUAGAUUAGGAUCUCCAGUUCCAGGAGAACCUUUGAAUGGAACAGCUACACCAACUGAAAUUCCGGCAGAGGUGCCAAAGCCUACAGAACCUGAAGGUGAAGCACUAAGAAAUCAUGUCUAG